CCAGCAUAGAGAAAGGGCAGAGAAGACAAGAUGGCGGAUUGAGUGGGUUGCACUGUGCUCAAGCGGUUGCGACCCUUUCAACUAGGCCCGGUAUUUUUUGAGGACUGAAAUGUCCAGAUAGAGAAAGGUUAUCGUCCGCGAGCGUCACUGUAUUGGCUUGUCAAUUCUCGGUGUCGAGCUUGUCUUUUUUUUUUCUUUCCAGCGACGGUCCUCGCGAAAGCGCUAGCAUUUAGCCGCCGCUAGGUAGCUGUGACUGGCUGCUCGUACAAGGCCGUGCGAUCUUUCGGAGUUCCAUCGGCUUCUACGUUGUUACUAGCACGUCACACAGUGUUCUUAAAGGAAUUCGUGUUGUAACGAAGAUCUUUUGUGGAUGGUAGUAUAUAUUUUCUUCCCCAUUCCCUGAUUUGCGCAUUACGUUCCCUACUUCUUCCUUUUUUAAGCUACCAUUCGUCCAUUUUGAUCCAACACCAACGGGAAAAGGAUUACAUUUAUGUUUCGCGGACCAUUUGAUUAGAACAUAAACCCAAAUUUCCUGAAGCAAAUCGAGCGGCGCUCGUCUUCUGGUGGACAUUAUGGCGAGCAGCAGUGGCUCUAAAGCUGAAUUUAUUGUCGGUGGGAAAUACAAGCUUGUGCGGAAAAUUGGAUCGGGGUCUUUCGGAGACAUUUACUUGGCCAUCAACGUCACGAAUGGAGAGGAGGUAGCGGUGAAAUUGGAGUCGCAAAAAGCCAGGCACCCACAGUUGUUAUACGAAAGUAAGCUGUACAAGAUACUACAAGGUGGUGUCGGAAUCCCACACAUACGGUGGUAUGGCCAAGAAAAAGACUACAAUGUCCUAGUCAUGGACCUGCUUGGCCCCAGCCUUGAGGACCUGUUCAACUUCUGCUCUCGACGCUUCACCAUGAAGACGGUCCUUAUGCUUGCAGACCAGAUGAUCAGCAGAAUUGAAUAUGUACACACAAAGAACUUCAUCCACAGAGAUAUCAAACCAGACAACUUUCUCAUGGGCAUUGGCCGGCAUUGUAACAAGUGUUUAGACUCGUCAGUGGGGAAGAGGAAAAGAAGCUUGGCGGUUAGCUCUUCUCAGGACCCAUCUUUCUCAGGAUUAAACCAGUUGUUCCUUAUCGACUUUGGAUUGGCAAAGAAGUACAGAGACAACCGAACACGACAGCACAUCCCCUACAGAGAAGACAAGAACCUGACCGGCACAGCACGUUAUGCCUCCAUCAAUGCACACCUGGGCAUUGAACAGAGUCGUCGGGAUGACAUGGAGUCGCUAGGAUAUGUGCUGAUGUACUUCAACAGAACCAGUCUACCCUGGCAAGGACUGAAGGCUGCCACAAAAAAGCAGAAGUAUGAGAAAAUCUCAGAGAAGAAGAUGUCCACCCCUGUGGAAGUCCUCUGUAAGGGUUUUCCAGCAGAAUUUUCCAUGUAUCUGAACUAUUGCCGUGGCCUACGCUUUGAGGAGGCUCCAGACUACAUGUAUCUGCGCCAACUCUUCCGCAUACUCUUUAGGACUUUGAACCACCAGUAUGACUACACAUUCGACUGGACCAUGCUGAAACAGAAAGCAGCGCAACAGGGCGCCGCCGCCGGGGGCCAAGGCCAACAGGCACAAACCCCCACAGGCAAGCAAACUGACAAACCCAAGCCUAACAUGAAAGGUUUCUGAGUCGUCUCUCCACAGAGAAGAGGUGCAGAAAUGUCGGCGAGCAGGACUAACGAGGCUCGCUUUCCCGGACAAGCGACAAAGAAAGUCUGUGUCCCCCCCUCCAUCUGUCUAUGUAAUGGAAAUAUAUAGAUUGACACACAUCUGCUGUGUUAUCUAUAUAUUUAUAUGUGUAUAUAAUGAAACUCCACUCUGAAAGAAAUGAAAUGAUGGGAGUCGAAGGUCCUUCGGAUGUGGAGGCUGUAGUUCCUUGCCCUAACCCUGACCUGACGUACCUUCUCAUCUCUCCCUGUUCGUCUUCCUGCGCUGUUCAUUUUUUGUAAGGUUUUGUUUGGAAACAGAAUUUGAGACGUUAGUCAGUUCUUGUUUUUCCUCACUGGGGGAACAUCUCAAAUCAUCUCUUCCCUUCUCACUACUUAAUCACGUCACCUUCUCCUUGUUUGAUAAUGUAAACCUGAAAACUCUUCUCCCUUUUUGUUUCUGAUGAGAUAAAUGAAAAAACCUUGAACCCUUAUUUACUGAAAGGUGGACUGUUGGAUUUUUUUUCUUUUUUCUCUCUCUCCCUCUGGUGGUUAGGAGAUUGCCUGGUGAAUUUAUAAGCAAGCUGAUGGCAACAGUCUGUUGUAGAUUGAUACUCUGGCUCGCUCCCUCUGUUUAGAGCUAUGACUUAUUAUAAAAUCUGUUGUAAAACCCAUGGUCUUCUCCAGAAAUACCAAUAAAAACGUUACACAACUGA